AUGGCUGCUGCACUUACAGCUCUUUCGUCCAGAUGGCCACGGCUAGUCUUGCUAGUGGUAGCUCUAUGCUGCCUGUUUUCCCCUGCUGCGUCUGUAAAGCACGAGAACUUCAAGACCUGUGACCAGUCAGGUUUCUGUAAACGCAACAGAGCCUAUGCCGAUUCGACCGCCUCUCUCUCCUCCUCAUGGACCAGCCCCUACGUCCUCGACUCUGCCUCCGUCACUUUCUCCAAGGGCCAGUUGUCAGGAACCAUUCUCAAGACUAUUGCCGCUUCCGAUCAACCUGUUCGUCUGCCUGUCACUAUCUCAUUCUUCGAAUCCGGUACCGCCAGAAUUACUGUCGACGAAGAGAAGCGUCAGAAGGGUGACAUUGAGCUCCGCCACGGCUCAAAGGCCAGGAAAGAGCGUUACAACGAGGCCGAGAAAUGGGCUAUUGUUGGUGGAACCAAACUCAGCUCUGGUGCUGCUACUGCCAAAGAUGCUGAAUCUGGUACUACCAAGGUCGUCUACGGUCCUGGAAGCAAGUUUGAGGCUAUCGUCACGCACUCGCCGUUCGGUAUUGAAUUCAAGAGAGACGGAGAGACCCACAUCAGACUGAACGACAGAGGAUUGCUGAACGUCGAGCACUGGCGCCCCAAGGUCGACAAGCCACAAGAGGAGAAGAAGGAAGGUGAAGCUGAAGACACUGAGGCAAAGAAAGAGACGACCGAAGAUGAAAGCACAUGGUGGGACGAAGCCUUUGGUGGAAACACCGAUACCAAGCCGCGAGGCCCUGAAAGUGUAGCCCUUGAUGUCACAUUCCCUGGCUACGAACACGUCUUCGGAAUUCCAGAGCACACUGGCCCCCUUUCUUUGAGACAGACUCGUGGCGGCGAAGGCAACUUCGAUGACCCCUACCGCUUGUACAACGCCGACGUUUUCGAGUAUGAGAUGAACAGCCCCAUGACUCUCUACGGCGCAAUUCCCUUCAUGCAGGCUCACAAGAAAGACUCGACUGUCGGAAUUUUCUGGCUCAACGCUGCAGAGACCUGGAUCGACAUUGUGAAGUCCAAGUCGAGUGCCAACCCUCUCAGCCUUGGUAUUGGGUCUCAUACUGACACACAGACCCAUUGGUUCUCCGAAUCUGGCUUGCUUGAUAUUUUUGUCUUCCUUGGCCCCACACCCAAGGAUGUCGUCUCGUCCUUCUCCGAGUUGACUGGUUACACUCAGCUACCUCAACAGUUUGCUAUUGCUCACCAUCAGUGCCGUUGGAACUACGUUACCGAUGAAGACGUCAAGGACGUUGAUCGUAAGUUUGACAAAUCUCAAAUUCCUUACGACGUUAUCUGGCUCGAUAUUGAAUACACGGACGGCAAAAAGUAUUUUACCUGGGACCCUCUGACCUUCCCCAACCCGCUCGGUAUGCAGAAGCAGCUCGAUGACCAUGAGAGAAAGCUUGUCGCCAUUAUCGAUCCUCAUAUCAAGAACGAAGGCGGAUACUCUGUUGUGGACGAACUCAAGUCCAAAGAUCUCGCAACUCACAACAAGGAUGGCAACAUUUACGAAGGAUGGUGCUGGCCUGGCUCUUCUUACUGGGUUGACUGUUUCUCGCCCGCCGCCCGUAAUUGGUGGGGUCAGCUGUUCCAGUAUGCGAAGUUCAAGGGUUCUGCUCACAAUCUUUGGUUGUGGAACGACAUGAAUGAGCCGUCAGUUUUCAACGGACCAGAGACUACCAUGCCUAAAGACAACCUGCACCAUGGUAACUGGGAGCACAGAGAUGUACACAAUCUCAACGGCCUCACACUUGUCAAUGCCACUUUCGAAGGAUUGGUCGCACGUAACAAGGAAGAAGAGAAGGCUGGAGGAGUCAGACCCUUCGUCUUGACCCGUUCGUUCUAUGCAGGCUCGCAGCGUAUGGGGGCCAUGUGGACUGGCGAUAACCAAGCAGACUGGGAGCACCUUGAAGCAUCUCUUCCGAUGGUGCUAUCUCUAGGUGUAUCUGGAUUCCCCUUUGCUGGCGCUGACGUCGGCGGGUUCUUCGGCAAUCCUUCUCGAGAGCUGCUCACUCGCUGGUACCAAGCCGGAGCUUUUUACCCAUUCUUCCGCGCUCAUGCUCACAUUGAUACUCGCCGCCGUGAGCCUUAUCUUCUGCCCGACCUCGAAAGAGGUAUCGUCACGCAGGCCCUGAGACUUCGCUACGCUCUUCUUCCUGCAUGGUACACUGCCUUCCAUAAUGCAAGCAGAACUGGCGCACCAAUUGUGCAGCCAAUGUAUUACGCACACCCUGGAGAUGAGAAGGGCUUUGCUAUCGACGAUCAGAUGUAUCUUGGAUCGACUGGUCUGCUGGUCAAGCCCGUCACGAAAGAAGGCGCAUCCAGCGUCGAGAUGUAUCUGCCAGAUGGUGAGAAGUACUUUGACUACUCAGACUACACAAGCUACAGCGGGCCUGGUCAUGUCAAGAUCGAGGCACCUCUGGAGAAGAUUCCACUGCUCAUGAGAGGUGGUCACAUUGUCCCCAGACGUGACCGCCCAAGAAGAUCUAGUGGACUCAUGAAGUUCGACCCGUUCACGCUUGUCGUGGUCCUCGGCAAUGAUGGCAACGCAGAAGGCGAGCUUUACCUUGAUGAUGGCGAGUCUUAUGACUAUGAGCAGGGCGCGUACAUCCAUCGUCGGUUCAGGUACACUGGCUCGACACAGUCGCUCGCGUCGGAGGAUCUUGGCAGCAAAGACAAGAAGACGGGGCAAUACCUCAAGCAGAUGAAGGAGGUCAAGGUGGAAAAGAUAGUGAUUGUCAAUGCACCUCAGUCGUGGAAGAGUAAGACGGAGGUUGAUGUGUCGGAGGAGGGAGUCAGCAGCAGCGGUGAGAGCAAGAAGAGUGGACUCAGCUUUGUUAGUGGGGAAUCAGGCAAGGCAGAUUGGGCAGUGGUCAGAAACCCGGGAGUUGGCAUUGGCGGAGGGUGGAAGAUCGACUUUGCAUAG